CCGAACGCUUUAUUACAUUUAAAAAAGUGCUAAAAUGUGCAGUGAAAAGUGGCCAGUGUGUUAUGUGAAAUUUAAAAAAUAAAGUGCUUUAACCUUUUUAAUUUUUUAAAAUUGGAAUGUUUCCAGAUUUGUACUGUUUGACGUGACCUGUUGACAGUGCAAAAAACAAAUGACAGUGCCUUCAAGUGAAGUGACAGCCCUGGAUUUUCGAAAAUGGAACGUGGUGUUUAAAACUAAAUAGAAAAGUUAUAAAUUCAAAAUUCCGAACGUAAUUCUUUUCUGGAUUUUAGAUAAUUGAACGCGGUUCGGUUAGCUAAAAUCUCCUUUCAACUAUCCGAUUGGCGAUUAAAAACUCUUUCUUAGAUAAAAUCUUUUUUCAAAUUCUCCUGUCUGCUUUUCUUUUCUUUUUACAGAUACGAUUUCCUUUUUAAUCAAUUUUAUUAGUGUACGGGAACAAGUGAACUACAAUAAAAUAAAAAAAAUAGUGCCUUAAUAAUAAUUUAAGAAGAAAGAGAAGUAAAAAUCGCAAUCACGGAGGCAAAAUGCGAAAACAUCUGUUACUUUUUAAAAAGUUAAUACCUGAAAUAAAUUUCGCAAAAAGAAAUCUUACUUCGCCUCUCGGUCGAAUCAUAUACAUCAGUUAAAACCGACCCAACCUAGUUGAAAAGUCGGUGCCAUAAAAACUUCCCAAAAAAAAAAACAGUUGCCUUAAGACAAAGUCGAACUAAAAUAGCAACACCAAAAAAGUGAUACAUUUUUUUAAAAAAGAGAUGCGAAUUCGAUUCGCUAAGGAGUUAUACUGGCCGAAAAUAAAGAUAACUUAAUUUUCUUCGGAAAUUUGAAAAGAGAAAUUAUGAAUAACCAGUUUCACGAGCUGUUUGGUUCGCAAUGGCCACCGGAUCAGCAUGGAGGGCAUUCGAGUGCUUCCACCAUGCUCCAUCAGGGGCAGAUGCCCCAAAUGCAACUGAAGAGGGAGCCCCACCCCGAAGGACAGGGUAUUAUGCCCCAUAUGAUGCAGGAUAUCACCUCAGGGUCUGUGGCAGACAGCACCUCACCACCUCCCGGCAACAAUGAAGCUAUGUUCGGAUCGUCAAUUGCAUCUAUGUUCAUGGAUAAGAAAGCUGCUAAUUCGAUUCGAGCCCAAAUCGAGAUAAUACCAUGCAAGGUGUGUGGGGACAAGUCUUCAGGCGUCCAUUACGGAGUGAUCACCUGCGAAGGAUGCAAGGGUUUCUUCAGGCGGUCCCAGAGCACAGUGGUGAACUACCAGUGCCCGCGCAACAAGGCUUGUGUCGUCGACAGGGUGAACAGAAACCGGUGCCAGUACUGCCGCCUGCAGAAAUGCCUCAAACUCGGGAUGAGCCGUGAUGCCGUGAAAUUUGGUCGGAUGUCGAAGAAACAACGCGAGAAAGUGGAGGAUGAGGUGAGGUUCCACCGAGCUCAGAUGCGAGCCACCGCCGACUCCGCCCCUGACAGCGUCUACGAUGCCCAGCAGCAGACACCUAGCUCCAGUGACCAAUUCCACAGCCAUUACAACGGCUAUCCCGGUUACAGCUCACCGUAUAGUUAUAACAGCGCCGGACCCGCGCUCUCAGACAUGCCGAUCCAACCGCCGCCUGCGCAGACCCAGCAGUACGACGUCACAGACUACCGCGUCGACUCGACCACGUAUGAAACCAAGCCCACUGGUGGGUUCCUUGACGCUGAUUUCAUUGGGCAUGACGACCAGCAACAGAAAAGCACGACAAUCGUCCGACCUUCAGGCUCAACAUCAACCACGACAUCCACAUCAACAACCACCCUCAACACCAUCGACAUUUCCCGUACGAGAUCUGUCCAGGAGUUCGACAGAUAUAAGGAAACGCGCAUCCAGUCGCCAGCCUCUAUGACCAGCGUGAUUAACAUCAAGCAAGAAAUCAAACCGGAGACUUCGAUUGGCGUCGACAACUUAGUCGCGAGCUAUGUUGACUCUACGACAUUCUUGCACAGUCCUUCCACUAUCCAACACAGUCCAAUGGACAUACAAAAUUCUGUGUUAGUCAGUGGGCAAAGCUCUGUAUCCUUGACGAGCGACGAACUAAGCCCAGACGACCUGACCUCGAGUAGUGGACAUUCACGAUUAAUGGACCCGUUAAACAUGAAUAUGUCGGCUGCAAUGGGUAUGGUUAAUCCAAACGCAGUGACGAACAGAAGACAUCAGGGGUCGAGCCACAGUGGAAAUGAUGAGCUACCGUCGGAAGGCGACAUCAGUAAGGUGUUGGUAAAGAGUCUGGCAGAGGCGCAUGCAAAUACCAACCCUAAGUUGGAAUACAUACAUGAGAUGUUCCGAAAGCCGCCUGAUGUCUCCAAGCUGCUGUUUUACAACUCGAUGAGCUACGAGGAAAUGUGGCUGGACUGCGCAGACAAGCUGACAGGAAUGAUACAGAACAUAAUUGAGUUCGCCAAACUCAUCCCUGGGUUCAUGAAGCUCACGCAGGAUGAUCAGAUCCUGCUGCUUAAGUCUGGAUCAUUCGAGCUGGCAAUUGUGAGGCUGUCGCGGCUGAUAGACGUAAACAGAGACCAGGUGCUGUACGGAGACGUCGUGCUUCCCAUCCGGGAGUGUGUUCAUGCACGUGAUCCUCGCGACAUGGCAUUGGUGGUCGGCAUCUUCGACGCGGCGAAGACCAUCGCUCGGCUUAAGCUGACAGAGACUGAACUGGCUUUGUAUCAGAGCCUGGUGUUACUGUGGCCAGAACGGCACGGAGUCCGCGGCAACCCUGAGAUUCAGUGUCUGUUCAACAUGUCUAUGGCGGCCAUGCGUCACGAAAUCGAGACCAACCACGCGCCGAUCAAGGGUGACGUCACAGUACUAGAUACCCUACUCGCUAAAAUACCCACCUUCAGAGAACUAUCGCUGAUGCAUUUGGAGGCCCUCUGCCGCUUCAAAGCGGCCCACCCACACCACGUGUUUCCAGCACUGUACAAGGAACUCUUCUCUUUAGACAGUGUAUUAGACUACACUCACGGAUAAACAUUCAAUGAAAGUAUACAUAUAUAUCAUAUAUUGUCCAUGGACGUUACUUUCCCGAACUGUAGACUCUAUAGUUCCCCUUUCGCCGAUGAUUUUUUCACCGCGCGAACUAUAUUUUUCAAAGACUCGACAGCUAUUAUUUUGUCAAUAUAUAAAUGGAAUAUAUAUAUAAAAAUAAAGACACUUAUAUUUGUUAAUCUAUUUAUAAUAAUUGUAUGUAUGUACUCUGAGACUGUUAACGUAUAAGUACGUACGUACAAGAGAAUAUUUAAUGUUUUAUUUAAUUUGAAUCUAAGGUUAGGUGUCUUUAGGUUUUAUAUGUAUAUUAAUAUACGUAUUACACUGUUAUAUAUUUUUUUGUUGAACAACAAAAUUGUAGAGUGGUGGAAAUACGUGUACAUUGAUUUCGCGUUGUAUAUAUAAAUAUAUAAUCAAGUUUUUACGACUUUGUUGUAUAUGUGUAUAUGGACGCAGCGUAAUUUAAUAAUUAUCAUAAAGUGUAUCUAACUUUGAUGAAAAAAUAAUAAUUAUUAUUAUAUAAAGAAUAUAAUAAUAAUAGAAAUAGAGUUUUUAUUAAGAAAUAAAUAAAGGAGUUAUAAAUGAUGUAGCGUUAUAAAGAUCACACAAUUCUUUUAAGCGAAACGUUAAAAUAGGACAUUUUUUUAUAAUUUUUAACAGAUUUUUUUAAAGAAUCGUAACUUGUUAUUUAUUUCAAAUGAUUAUUAUUAUUGAUGUUUUUCUUCAAUGUAGAUGUCGGUUAAGUUGUAUUAUAAGAAUACAAAAUACUGCCCAAUUUUGUAAGUUUAUGUUGGCUUAUACAAUACGGAGCGAUGGAUUUUUCAAAAAGU